AUGCUCCUCACUUUCUCUUUGCUGUACUUUCACAAGACUCAUGUUGAGCGUCCAUCACGCGCGGCGAUACGCAUCCCCACCAAGAUGCGGGAUCCCCUCCAUACGCUUUCGAUACAACACCAAAUCACUCCCGCUCCCGACUCCUUCCUCCACCGACAGGAAAAUCGCGAGAGGAGGGGUUGUGCGGCCCUCGCGCGCGGCACUCUCGCCACUGCGCUCAGGGACGGCCACGCGCCCGUA